AUGGCUUCAAUGCAGGAAUUGAAACCCCAAAACCUGUAUGGUGUGGUGGACAUGGGCAGUAAUGGCAUCCGAUUCUCUAUUUCCAACCUCGAAGCGCCGACAACGCGAAUCAUGCCCACGAUUUUCCAAGACCGCGCAGGCAUCUCACUAUACGAUGCUCAAUUUACAACCACCGACGGCCAACGAGGCCCAAUUGCAGUAGAAGUAAUAGAAGAUGUGAUUUUACGGCUACUGCGCUUCAAGACAACCUGUGAGGACUUUGAGGUUCCAGCGGAGAAUAUCUACGUUUUGGCAACGGAAGCUACUAGAACGGCACCCAAUUCGAAAGAGUUUAUUGAUACAAUCAAACAACGUACCGGAUGGGAUGUGCAAAUGCUUUCAAAAGCGGACGAAGGCCGUAUUGGUGCCUUGGGUGUUGCGAGUAGCUUUGCUGCUGUGCAAGGCUUGGUAAUGGAUCUGGGUGGUGGAAGCACGCAACUCACAUGGAUGGUUGCCAAGAAUGGAAAUGUCACAACCAGUCCGCGAGGGUCUAUCAGUUUCCCGUAUGGUGCUGCUGCACUUACGAGAAGGUUACAAGAAGCCAGAAAAAGGGGGCCCAAGGCUGAGGAGGAAUUGAUUGCAGAAAUGAAGGAGAAUUUUCAAAAUGCAUACAAGGACUUGGAGGUUCCCGAAAGCCUUGAGCACGCUGCUACCACGCAAGGCGGAUUUGAUCUCUACUUGUCAGGUGGAGGAUUCCGGGGCUGGGGCUAUUUACUUAUGAGCCGGUCUAUAUUGAAUCCAUAUCCGAUUCCAAUCAUCAACGGAUUCGAGGCGAAGCCAGUCGAUUUCCAGGAUACGUACAGUAUCAUGCAAACGGCAUCAACUUCAGAAGACAAUAAGAUAUUCCGGGUAUCUAAAAGAAGGGCCUCACAAGUUCCGGCGGUGGCUCUGCUUGUGAAUGUCUUGACCGGGUCUCUUCCUACCAUUAGGUCCGUUAGAUUUUGCCAAGGAGGCGUGCGUGAAGGAUUUAUCUUCGAUAUGCUUGAGCCUGAGAUCCGAAAACAAGACCCCCUUCUCGUUGCUACGAUGCCCUACGCAACAUCUUCUGCAAAUGCCAUUUAUGACCUUCUCCAGUCAUCGCUACCGGACACUUCAUCACCUAUACAUUCACGACAUCUUCCACAGUCGUUUUCUCCUAGUCUACUUAAUGCCAUCAGCAAUCUUCUUUUUGUCCAUGCAUCCGUGCCGAGGGAGACUCGACCAGCUGCUGGGCUUUACAGCACUACAACCGGUAUUCUAGCAUCCGCAAACAGCCUCGCACACCGAGAUAGAGCAAUCAUUGCAUUGGUACUAUCUGAACGAUGGCCUGGAGAUCUUGCACCGGCCGAAGAACACUUCCGAAGACGUCUGAGUCACUUUGUCUCGGCGGAGGAAGCGUGGUGGUCUCGGUAUCUUGGCCGGGUUGCCUCGCUUAUUGGAGAUGUGUAUCCGGCUGGCCGUGUAGCUACCAAGUCACGUAUUGGCUUCAGUACAAGAUGGGAGCAAACUUUCAAGAAGAAACAGGGCACAACGGACUGUCUGUGCCUGCAAGUCAAAUUCCACGAAGAGACGAGACAGACAAUUACGAGGGAGGCUUUACUAGAUACAGCCAGUGCAAUUGAAAAGUGUGGAAAGAUGAAGAACUGGGUCAAGGCAGAGGAUCGAAUUCGUGGAGAAGAGAGACGUGCAGGAGAUUACGGGGUCAGUAUAGAAGUCGAACUUCUCUCUUAG